AUGCUUGCCUCACGAGCCGCAAAGCCAAAGUUGUCGUUGAGCAUCUCGACCUCUACUGCUCAAGCAACCAGACCAACACUCUCACUCAAGUCUCCCAUGACACCAUUGAGAUCACCUCUGAAAUCCCCUGUCUCGCCGUCACCCGCCAGCCCAACUGCACGAAACACCAGACUCAACCAGCGGGGCUACUCGACGCUGCAACAGCCAACAUAUUCAUAUGUCAACACCAGCUCAUCAAGAAGCAUCUUGAAGAAGUCUUCUUCCAAGACCAGCACGCAACGGCGACAACUGUCCUUCUCCGACACUCCUGUCGUAUACAGUGUAACGCCUAUCGAGGAAGAGGACUACUAUGGCUCUCACGUCAAGAUAUCGAAGGACGAGCGACGAUGGGGACGGAGAUGA